GGAUUCUGUCAGACGUGGCUGAGUUGCGUUGGAAGGAGUCAUUCAUUUAUCUGGUCAUGACGGCACCCCGAGGUGACAUCGACUUGAGCCCUCGGACAGUCUGUCACGAACUCAUGCAAGAUUCAUGAUGAAAGACCCUAGAGGUGCCGUGCGGCUGGUCGAAGUAGGUCCGCGGGACGGCCUGCAAAAUAUCCACGAUCACGUCCCUACGCCCCUGAAGAUCGAGCUGAUCCGGCGUCUUCAACGAACUGGUCUUCGCGCCAUCGAACUGACCUCUGUAGUCUCCCCGCGAGCAGUGCCCCAGUUGGCCGACUGUCGUGAUGUUCUCCGAAAUGAGGGGAUUCGCCACCUGCAGGACCAGUCGCGCAUGCGCCUGCCGGUCUUAGUUCCCAACCUGAAGGGAUUAGAGGUGGCGAUCGAACAUGGGGUGCGCGAGGUGGCGGUGUUUGUCAGCGCCUCGGAGGGGUUCAGUAAGGCCAAUAUCAACUGUUCCGUGCGACAGGGCCUCGAAAGAGCCAGGGCAGUCACUCAGAAGGCUAGUCAACAUGGGAUCGCCAUCCGGGGUUAUGUAUCUUGUAUAUUUGAAGAUCCCUUCGACGGACCAACCCCCCGGGCCGCCGUGCUUCGUUGCGUCAAGGAACUGCUGGACAUGGGCUGCUACGAGGUCAGCCUGGGUGAUACGCUGGGGACUGGUGCUCCGGAUACCGUGCGCGGUCUUCUGACGUAUCUGGUCGAUAACAAUAUUCCCACCGAUCGGCUGGCCGGUCAUUUUCAUGAUACCUAUGGGCGAGCCGUAGCCAACACCUGGGAGGCCUACUGUUGCGGACUGCGCGUUUUUGACAGUAGCGUCGGUGGUCUGGGCGGCUGUCCAUUUGCCCCGGGUGCAGAAGGGAACGUUGCCAGCGAGGAUUUGGUGUAUAUGUUCCAUUCCGAGGGGAUCCAGACCGGCGUCAAUAUCCUUCAUCUGCUGCGGACUGGCGUGUGGAUCUCACAAGCCCUGUCCAGACCAUAUGCCACUAGGGCGGGGCGAGCUUUGGCCUUGAAGCAUAAGCUGCUGCCUUCUGCACAUCGCACUACCGUUCAACCGGUCAUUCAUCCAACCACCAAGUGGUCGCCUAUUGGAAAGGGGGCUAACUACUCUGACCGGCUGUUGGUCUAUCGCUCCGGUAGUAACUUGAAGGUUGUGUUAAAUCGACCGAAGAAGGGAAAUGUUCUGAAGUUAAAGAUGGUAUCCGACUUGGUCAAUCUGAUCGAGAAAUGCAACACCGAACCUUCCAUAUCACGAAUCAUCGUGACUGCGAAAGGGGAUUUCUUCUGCAUGGGAGUGGACCCGGCCAUGGAGCCUGCCGAAGCCGAGAGCCCACUCGACCAGCUGACGCGGUUAUUUAAAGUAAUCGAGCAUUCUCGGAAGACCACAAUCGCGUGCAUCAACGGGCCUGCUUUUGGUGCCGGUGUCGGCCUAGCACUAUCGUGUGAUAUUCGUUUAAGUAUAAAGUCAGCCACAUUCACCCUAGAUCAAGCUGGAUUGGGUGGGAGACCGGCCUCGUCGGUGCCGUCCGACCAUCCAGUCACAGCAACAGAAUUGAAAUCGUUCGGCGUAAUCGCAGAAGUUGCAGACGACGCCGACGAUCUGCAAGACUGUUUGAACAGGCUGCUCAUGCGGCUGCGGACAUCGCCCUCCACCGCAUCGCGCAUUUCCACGCGGCUGAUACGCCUCAUCUGGGCCCACGCCGAACGCGACAAUUCAGAGGCAGCAAACGAAUUUCUUCGGUUCGAGUCUGUGAAUGAGAUGGACAUGGACCGGGCGGUGGCGGUUGGUUGUGCGCAGUAGGCGUCCGUGCCUAGAUAGGGCUUGUAAAUCGGUGUGAUUGUAGAUGGUUAUUUUACACUUGCAUAGUUGGGUAUAAAGGACCAAUAGAUUUCAAUAUGUUGAC